GGUAAUCUGCAGUCUCGGCUUUACAGUAGACGGUACACAUAACACAAGCUCGCUCGGUUAAAUCAGUUCCGGGCUUCGCGUGCACCAACUCUGUAGUGUUGGGACAGGAGUCUCCGACAGGAUCUUUGAUUGAGCUGAGUGACAUGCGGUGCCGGAGCACCCGGUCAGUUGCAGAAUACAUGGUCUCUGUCCAGAAGAUGCUGCUGAGAAUCCUCUGCCAAUAUCAAACUUUGCACUGGAUUCUUGUAACAGCCUUCAACUGAGUGAUGACGCCUCUCAAAACAUCGUCAGUCAGCACGGACAAUAUUUCAAGUCUCAAAUCUCUCAGAGAUUAGGAGAAACGUUCCCGGGGUACUAUUUUCAUGUGAAUAUCCCGCUUUUCGAAUGCCCUCGGCGGAGCGAUUGUCGCAACCUCCUUCUGCCACUGAUUGUACCUGAUCAUGGGAAGAGUCAAUCCCGUUGAAGAGGUCAACCAUGUCAAGAGGAGAGGCCAAUCAUCGAGUCGUGGUUCUUUGACCCACAUGAUGAGCACUUACAACCAGCACGGAGCCGAUAAUUUAGGGAUCUGGCUGACGAAUGCCAAGGAAGCAGCCGCAAAAAUUCGUGAAGCAACGAACAGGAAGAGGCAAGAAAAGAAAGAAAAGUACGUUCAAUUUGUGAAGGACAUGCACCAGCGAUUGGCGGAGUCCUCGAAAAAGAUGAGGGUUGCGUCAGGACGAAUCCCACCCGCAAAGACAUCUUAUACGGUUCAGGCUGCGAGGAAUCGAAUCAAGAUACCGAGGCUCAAUGUCGCUGAGGACACGGAGGAUAUGCUGAAGCAAGUUUGUGUGCUCUUCUUACUCCAGUUUCCAACUUGUCUAAACAAUGAAGUACGAUGUCUCUAGCUUCUUAGCCAUGGUCCGAGCCCUAAAAUCACCACAAUGAGUUCUACCUUCAGGUAUCACCAUUCAAAAUGUUGACAUGUAAUACUUUUGAUGGCCGCUCUCUUCAUACGUUCUUUCGGGAUCUGAUCGCUGCUCAGCCUCCCUAAUCAGCAGGCCUCGAGGAUGGAGGAUGUCAGGAGCUUCCUUGAGAGCCAACUUCGGAAGAAAACAAAAACUUCUUCAACAACGACAAGGCUCCGAGAUGUGAAGUACAGAGAAUGUAUGAUACAUGCAACGAAAACCCAGAAUGAAGAACCGCCGUUGCAGCGCGCAGUGAAAAGGUCAUGGGACAGGCCUUCUGCUACCAUGGACAAUGAGGAAUUAGGACUGUCACCAAUUGUGAAACCCUUCCUAGUUAUGCUUCCUACAACACCCGUCGCCCAGAAGCCUGAGCUGGUGAAGUCUGAACCGUGUACUCCUCGGGCUUUGGACGGUUGGAACAUACCCACAUCGUUUUCUGCACUGGACAUGAGAUGUGUAGAAGAGUUUCUUGACACUGCAUUGGAAGCAUCUCCAAAACCAGAACCAGAACCAGCACUGCUCAACUCCAAAGGUCCCCCGCUGGACUUACCAACACACAACGACCACCCUGAUGUUCAGAAACCGGAAACCUUGGCCCAGAAACUCUCUGCAGAAAGGAAGUUGCAAACGAAUGCCAGAUUGUUACGCCGUGCAGUUUCGUCAGAUCCAAGUACGAAAGGCUGUGAGCGUCUUAGGUCGAAGAGUAACGCAGAAAAUGAAAGUCUUGAUAAAAGAGUUCGGUCUCAAAACUGCAAUGGUACGAUGUCAUUAGUACCAUCACCGACCGCUAGUAAUCUGAAUAGGAGUGAUGCUGAAUGUACACAACACUCGUCUGACGAUCUUGUUCACUGCCCAAGACUUCGUAUAGAAGAUGGAGUCACGACAUGCUCCAUGGGUGUUGUUGUUUUGAGAGGCCGUCACGAGUAUGAAGUUCGAGGACAGGCACAGCAGUACUUUUCAGAUGUAUGGAAAUGUGCUAUGCUUGCGGAAAGACGAUGUGCCAGUGAACGGGCGCACUUGUUGUUUGAAGCGAAGAAGAAAAGAUUGGAGCAGCUCCAGAUUGAGAAGCAGCAAAGCUCAAUUUUACUAAGGCAAAGGGCUUUACAGAAGCAGCGAAUUGCGGUGCAGACCCAUCUAGAGUUAGUGGCAGAGUUGAAAGCAAGGAGAGAGGGUGUCAUCAUGCGUAACAGAGUUCUUGAGAAAAAAAGGUUUGCAAAUGCUCUACGAGCUAUAAGAGUAGAAAAAUUGCAAGGAUAUGGCUUGCAAAUUCCGCCAUUAUGUGACUGCAAUCAUGGAGAAGACCCUAUGAAUUUUCAAUAUAUAAAAAAAUGUCACCGUGAUUGUAGAUUGCACAACAAUUUUGCAGACUACACUCUCCAACUAGAAAGUACUUUGCAACAUCUCCUGGACGAAUUAACUUACGGGUUAAGAACACAGAAUAAAUAGAAAAGUAACAAUCAGGCACAGGUAGACUUGUAACUGGGCUACUGCAUAAGUCAUACCUAUACUGCCUCGCACAAACUUCAUGUGAGCAUCAGAGACAAAUCUCCGUGUGAAGUUCAUGUAUGAAAAUGGUUGUAUUACUGUACAAAUUUCGAUCCUAAUGUAAUUUACAACUCCCCGGUCCUAAGUUCUGGUGGAAGGCUCAUGUGAGGAUUUGAACCCAUGCACCAAUUCCCCAAGUCUUCGAGUAAAAUCCCUAUCACUUUGAAGGACCUCAAAACAUACUCCAAAACUCCAGGGUUCUUAUACUUACCAAACCGCCAGUCUUUAUCUGCAAUCUUGCGCGUUGCAGGUACAUCAAGGCUC